AUGGCGCAGUUGUGUUAUGAGAACACGUUCAUCACCGUGAAGGACUGCAUUCGUGCGGGACGCCGCUCGAGGAGCAUGGACUUGCCAAGGGUCUCAACUUGGCGAAACUGUCCGGAGGUGCUCUACGUCGCCACUCUCGAGCAGCGGGCCUGGCAGACUCGCGUGGCAGGGGCACGCGUUCCAGCACAGGCAGUGGCAGUCCCGGCGGCAGCGGAAGCAACCCGCGCAGACGAAGCAGCAGCCCCAGAAGCGGCCUCAGAAGCGUCCCCAGCCCCGGCAGCUGUCCUCGCACUUGACAAGACCAAGUCCUCUGGCAACGCUGGGCACCCAGAGCUUUGCUUCAAGCCGUGCCUCUUCCUGCGUAUUGGAGAGUGCCCAAACGGCGAAGAGUGCAAGUUCUGCCACCUGCCGCACCCCAGCCCUGCCAAGCUGGACAAGAGGAUGCGCGAGACGUUUCGGGGUCUGCCCCAGGCAGAGGUCCUCGCCCUGCUUCUGCCCCACCUGCGAGCCAAGAAUGUGACUGGAGCUGGCCGCCUUCUCGCAGAGAUGGAAGCCCGCUUGGCCUCUCUGCCACACGCCAGCUGCUCCAUGCUACCUCCAAGGAUCGUCCAGCUGAAGCGGGCCUUGGGCCGCCUCAGCUUUCGCCAGUUGAUGUUGCUAUCCCCUGAAGGCACGCAUGCGCAAGCAGAGCUGGAGCAUUUGCGAAGGCUUACUGCGUAG